UCUUUGUUUCCGUAGGAGGUUGGGAUUUCCCACUUGUAUAUAAAGUUCCCGCGGGGGUCUCCCGUCGUCCCAUCUCGAACUCCCCCUCCAUUCUUCCAACUUUACUCUAGCUUGAGCCUCGGAUAGCUUCAGUAAAAACAAACGUCAUUCGCCACCAUGUCUAACGUAUUCGCCGAUCUCAAGACGCCGACUACCGGCGCCUAUAAACAGCCCACCGGACUCUUCAUCAACAACGAGUUCAUCGAGGGUGUAGAAAAGAAGACGUUCGAGGUCAUCAACCCGUCUACCGAAGAGGUCAUCUGCUCCGUGCACGAGGCCACCGAGAAGGAUGUCGAUGUCGCCGUUGCCGCCGCGCGGAAGGCCUUUGACGGCGAAUGGCGCCGGGUCACGCCCCAGCAGCGCGGCAUCUACCUGUUGAAGCUGGCCGAUCUCUGCGAGAAGAACAUCGACCUCCUGGCUUCAGUGGAGUCGCUCGAUAAUGGCAAAUCCAUCACCAUGGCUCGUGGCGACGUCGGCGCUGUGGUCGGCACCAUCCGGUACUAUGGCGGCUGGGCCGACAAGAUCGAGGGCAAGACAAUUGAUAUCAACCCGGACAUGUUCCACUACACGAGGCGGGAGCCGAUUGGUGUUUGCGGUCAGAUUAUCCCCUGGAACUUCCCGCUGCUCAUGCUGGCGUGGAAGAUCGGCCCUGCGCUGGCCACCGGCAACACAGUCGUCCUGAAGACGGCUGAGCAGACACCCCUUUCCGGCCUGGUUUUCGCCCAGCUGGUAAAGGAGGCUGGUUUCCCCCCUGGCGUCCUCAACAUCAUCUCAGGUUUCGGCAAGACCGCCGGUGCCGCCCUCUCGGCGCACAUGGACGUCGACAAGAUCGCCUUCACCGGUUCGACCCUGAUCGGGCGCACCAUCAUGAAGGCCGCGGCCUCGUCGAACUUGAAGAAGGUUACUCUCGAGCUCGGCGGCAAGUCGCCCAACAUUGUCUUCAACGACGCCGACAUCGAGGAGGCCAUCAGCUGGGUCAACUUUGGCAUCUACUUCAACCACGGCCAAUGCUGCUGCGCGGGGUCCCGUAUCUACGUGCAGGAGGGCAUCUACGACAAGUUCAUCGCGGCCUUCAAGGCGCGCGCCCUGCAGAACAAGGUCGGCGACCCGUUCCACCCGGAGACCUUCCAGGGCCCGCAGGUCAGUCAGCUGCAAUACGACCGCAUCAUGGGCUAUAUCCAGUCCGGCAAGGAGCAGGGUGCCACCGUCGUUACGGGCGGCGAGCGCCACGGCGACAAGGGCUACUUCAUCCAGCCGACCAUCUUUUCCGAUGUCUCGCAAGACAUGAAGAUCAUGCAAGAGGAGAUCUUCGGCCCCGUGUGCGCCAUCGCCAAGUUCUCGACCGAGGAAGAUGCCAUCCGGCUCGGAAACGACACCUCGUACGGCCUGGCCGCGUCUGUCCACACCAAGGACCUCAACACGGCCAUCCGCGUGAGCAACGGGCUCAAGGCUGGUACCGUCUGGGUCAACUGCCACAACAUGCUCAACCACGCGCUGCCGUUCGGCGGCUUCAAGUCGUCCGGCAUCGGCCGCGAGCUCGGCGAGUUGGCGCUGCACAACUACACCGAGUCCAAGAGUGUGGCCAUCAACAUGGCCGGCAAGAUGUUUUAAGCGGGGAGCUGUCGUGGACAAGAAUGUGACGAAUAAUGACUGUAUGUUUGUUAAAAUAGCUUUAGCAAUUAGUUAGGAUGCCAAGAGUUGAGAUUGCGGGUUUGUGCCGAGCGUUUGGAUGGCAUGUCUAUAGGCCGAGACGGAUCUCUCAAUCGUGGGUUGUGGGUUGAUUCAACAUUCUCUUUACCAAAACCCCCGGUGAGAACAACUGAAUACCAAGAUCGCUUUAUGAUGUAGUUACUGUCUUGGGAUAAAUUGGUGCACUAAAAUUUCUCGAUAAAAACAAAGGCCCUACCUCCGCUCUGCUCUGGAUAAUUUGGAUUGUCC